AUGUUAUCUAAGCUAAAAAAUCUCACUGAUUUCCAAUUAUCAGGCAACAGGUUAUCAGUGCUCAGUUACACCAGAACCAAUGUUACUCUCCCUAAAUUUAAGCUUUUAGGAUUGGGUUCAUGCAACUUAACUGAGUUUCCUGAUUUCCUGCAGAACCAAGAUGAAUUGGAGUUGCUCUUCCUUUCCAAUAAUAGAAUUCAUGGUCCAAUUCCAAAGUGGAUGUGGAACAUAAGCCAAGAAAACCUAGGGAUGCUUGACCUUUCUGGAAACCUUUUAACCGGCUUUGACCAACAUCCAGUUGUGCUUCCAUGGUCCAGGUUAAGGGCUUUAAAACUUGAUUAUAACAUGUUGCAAGGACCACUUCCAAUUCCACCACCAUCAACCAUUGAAUAUUCAGUCUCUAGAAAUAAACUGACUGGAGAAAUUUCGCCACUUAUUUGCAACAUGAGUUCUCUUAUGUUACUUGAUUUGUCUAAUAACAAUUUGAGUGGCAGGAUUCCCCAAUGUCUGGCCAACUUGAGCAAAUCUCUGUCCGUACUGGAUCUGGGAAGCAACAGCCUUGAUGGCCCCAUUCCUCAAACAUGCACAGUGACAAACAAUUUGAGGGUGAUUGAUUUAGGUGAAAAUCAAUUCCAAGGCCAAAUACCAAGAUCAUUUGCCAAUUGCAUGAUGCUCGAGCACCUUGUUCUCGGAAACAAUCAAAUCGAUGAUAUUUUCCCUUUUUGGCUUGGAGCCCUCCCACAGCUACAGGUUCUUAUUUUGAGAUCCAACAGAUUCCAUGGUGCAAUAGGGAGCUGGCAGUCCAAUUUCAGGUUUCCCAAGUUACGCAUCAUCGACCUCUCUGACAAUAAGUUUAUAGGUGAUUUGCCAUCAGAGUAUUUCCAAAAUUGGGAUGCCAUGAAACUUACAGAUAUUGCAAACAACCUUAGGUACAUGCAGACACACCCAAAGUUUCAAAUCCCAGGGUAUAGCUGGAUUGACAGUUACAUGUACUCAAUGAGAAUGACAAAUAAAGGUAUGCAGAGGUUUUAUGAGCAGAUCCCUGAUAUUUUCAUAGCAAUUGAUUUCUCAGGCAACAAUUUCAAAGGACAAAUUCCAACCUCCAUUGGGAACCUCAAGGGGCUUCAUUUGCUGAACCUUGGCGGCAACAAUCUUACUGGCCAUAUCUCAUCCUCCCUGGGGGACCUAACACAGCUGGAGUCAUUGGAUCUCUCCCAGAACCAACUCUCAGGAGAGAUCCCUCUGCAACUAACAAGGAUAACAUUCCUUGCAUUCUUCAAUGUGUCUAAUAAUCAUCUGUCAGGGCCUAUACCACAAGGAAAACAAUUUGCAACAUUUUCAAGUGCUUCCUUUGAUGGGAACCCGGGAUUGUGUGGAAGUCCUUUGUCAAGGGCAUGUGGAAGUUCCGAGGCAUCACCACCAACAUCUUCAUCCUCUAAACAAGGUUCAACUAGUGAAUUUGAUUGGAAAUUUGUAUUAAUGGGAUACGGAAGUGGGCUAGUAAUCGGAGUUUCAAUUGGGUACUGCUUGACCUCAUGGAAACAUGAGUGGUUCGUGAAAACCUUCGGAAAGCGGCAAAGAAAAUGGACAAGGAAAGAAAGAAGGGGGGCACAGAGGCUGAAUUUAUCCAACCCAAAUUUCCUUGAAAGAUUUCUUAAACUAUGUAUACUGCUUGAAUUGUUGGACUUCUAUCUUCAUUUCUUUUUCCUUUAUAGUCAUGGUGUUGCUUCAACUUGUGUUUGUGUUGGCAAAUGGAUGUAA